CGGAGGUACGUUGGCUCCACCCUCCGCCGCCCCAGUUUCGAUAACCGGGGAGUUCCCGUGCCGGCGAGGAGUGGGUUUUGGGGUUCGAGUCCGUGUUUUCACUUUGUGACAGAGCCUACGGGGACAGUAGAAGGGAUUUGGAUCGAGCCACUGGGCUCCAGCUGCCUGGACAGCCGGGUGGGACCCCGGAACCCCAUCGAGGAGGCAGGUCACUUCCUGCUUUCUGGUCCCGGCGGUGGCUUCGUGGCCGGGAGUGCGGGAACGCCUCCUCUUUCUCCGCCUCCGGCCCCGAAGGGUGUGGAAACUGAGGCAGAUUGGGGGUAGGAUCGUCAGAUAGGACUCGAAGAGGUCGUAAUUCCGCAGGGAAUUGUUCAUGACACGACCACACUUGUUUGGGGCUGGAGGAUGAGGAGUGGGGAGAUUAGCUGGAGCUGUCCCUUGGUCGGGAACCCGUCCCCUUUAACUGGUGCUGUACCUUGGUGGGACCCAGCCACAUUGCAGCCGAAGUGAUCAUAGCCGGUCUGUUGUGAAUGGUGGUGAUGAAGGGAGCAGAGGCCCCGAGGUACGAGGUACGAAGACGUGCAAAAGUUGAGUUGAGAGAAGAUGUAUUCCGUUCACGUAAAGUUUCUGUUGCUUUAACUCUUUAGUUAAAAAUGAUUGUCAACUUCCUUUUUAGAUAGUAUAGUUUUGUAAUUAUAUAGGCUUGGCUUGCGAUUUUCUUUGAAAAAGAAACGCAUUUGUUAUAUAGGUAAAAGCCCACCAACUUGGUUUAAUAACAUUUACUAUAAUACAGUUCUCAAGACAGUAGGAGCUCCCCUUUAUCAUGUUAAGUAGGAAGAACUAAUUUUCAUGAAGAUUCUUAUUGAGCCAAGCUUCCUCUCUUCUAGUGUAAUGCACUGAUUAUUGGCAAUGUGAUGGAGAUGAUUUUAUUAAAACAAAAAGUAGGAAAGGAAGAGUUUCUGGUAGGCUUUUGGGCAUCCCUGCGGUAAAUACGUGGUAUUUUAUGUACUUGGUGUCAUACGUUGUUGUUAUGGUUUGAUUUUUCCCCAAAAUGCCUUCUUUCAGGUGCAGAGUAAGAAAAUUGAAGUCAAAGACCAUGGGAGAUGCAACAAAACCAUAUUUUGUGAAGCGCGCUAAAGACCGAGGGACAGUAGAUGAUGAUGAUUUCAGAAGGGGUCACCCCCAACAAGAUUAUUUAAUAAUGGAUGAUUAUGCUAAAGGCCAUAGCGUUAAAAUGGAAAAAGGCCUUCCAAAAAAAAAAGUAACCCCAGGGAACUAUGGGAAUACUCCCAGAAAAGGACAGUAUGCUGUUUCCAACAAUCUGUAUGCGUUUAAAAACCCAAUUUACAGCCAACCAGCUUGGAUAAAUGACAGCCACAGAGAUCAGAGUAAGAAAAGGCUUUCUGAUGAACUUCCUGGCAAUUCAGACAAUUGGAGGGAAUUCAAACCUGGACCUAGAAUUCCUGUUACAAGCCGACCAAGAAAAGACUCCUUUCAAGAAAGUGAAGAUGGUUAUAGGUGGCAAGAUGGGAGAGGCUGCAGAAUUGUAAGACGACUGUUUCAUAAAGAACUAACGAGCCUAGAAACUAUGUCAGAAAUGGAAGCCGGAAGUCCCGAAAACAAGAAGCAGAGGUCCAGACCUAGGAAGCCCAGGCGAACUAGAAAUGAGGAAAAUGAGCAAGACGAAAGCUUGGAAGGCCCCGUGAUCGAUGAGUCGGUCCUUUCUGUGAAGGAGCUCCUGGGCUUACAGCAGGCUGAGGAGCGACUGAGAAGAGACUGCAUUGACAGGCUAAAAAGGCGACCACGAAACUUCCCUACAGCAAAAUACACCUGCAAACUCUGUGAUGUUUUAAUUGAAUCCAUUGCAUUUGCCCAUAAACAUAUCAAAGAGAAGAGGCACAAGAAAAACAUCAAGGAAAAGCAAGAAGAGGAGUUGCUCACUACGUUACCUCCACCAGCACCCUCCCAGAUAAAUGCAGUUGGCAUUGCCAUUGACAAAGUGGUACAGGAGUUUGGCUUACACAAUGAGAACUUGGAACAGAGACGAGGAAUUAAACAUAUCAUGGAAAAUGUGUUCCAACACAAGUUACCAGAUUGUUCCCUAAGAUUAUAUGGGUCAUCCUGUAGCCGAUUUGGCUUCAAAAAUUCGGAUGUAAACAUUGACAUUGAAUUUCCAGCCAUUAUGUCUCAACCAGAUGUCCUCUUACUUGUUCAGGAAUGUUUAAAGAAUAGUGAUUCUUUUAUCGAUGUCGAUGCAGAUUUCCAUGCUAGAGUGCCGGUGGUGGUGUGCAGAGAAAAGCAAAGUGGUCUUCUUUGUAAAGUGAGUGCAGGAAAUGAAAAUGCUUGUCUGACAACGAAUCAUUUAACUGCCCUUGGAAAACUAGAACCAAAACUGGUUCCUCUGGUGAUUGCGUUUAGGUACUGGGCGAAGCUUUGCAGUAUAGAUCGCCCUGAAGAAGGUGGCUUGCCACCUUACGUGUUUGCCCUGAUGGCCAUUUUCUUUCUUCAGCAGAGGAAAGAGCCCCUUCUACCUGUUUACCUAGGAUCAUGGAUUGAAGGAUUUUCAUUAAACAAACUAGGAAACUUCAACCUUAAAGAUAUCGAGAAAGAUGUGGUGGUGUGGGAAUAUGCUGAUGCUGCCACGGGGGAUGCAGACCCAGCCAAAGAAGAGUCGCCCAGAGGGCCCAGAGAUGUGCCCGGAGACGUGCCGGUUAAGAGGGGACAGGUACCAUUGAUAUUUGAUUUAAAGCACCAGCCUUCAGUACCAGUUGGGCAGCUCUGGGUGGAAUUGCUUCGAUUCUAUGCUUUAGAAUUUAAUUUGGCUGAUUUAGUGAUAAGCAUACGUGUCAAAGAAUCUGUAUCUCGUGAAUCAAAGGACUGGCCCAAAAAGCGCAUUGCCGUUGAAGAUCCCUACUCUGUUAAAAGGAAUGUGGCGAGGACCCUAAAUAAUCAACCUGUGUUUGAAUAUGUCCUUCAUUGCUUAAGAACAACAUAUAAAUAUUUUGCUCUUCCACAUAAAAUUACAAAAUCCAGCCUUCUAAAGCCUGUGAGUGCAGUUACAGGCAUUUCAGAACAUUCUAAAGAAGUAACAAAUCAUGAUCCAGGUGUACAAGCAGAAGGUGACAAGUUUAAAAACUCAGUUUUGGCCCAGGGUCCUGGUGCUAUGAAACCAUCUGCAGACACAGCCAAGGUACAGCCACUUGCUCUUAAACAGCCUGCUGAUCACUUUGGAGGCCCAGCAACAGAGGAAAUGGGGAACAUGCACAUUGACAUAAGCCUGGAAAAUUCCGACUGUGUCGAGGCAGAGGCAACUUGUGGUGAUCCAGAGGACGUUACUGCGCACUGUCAAGAAACAGGAGGUGAACAGGAGAAAUUAAAAAUUGAAAGGGAGGGCCAGCAUCAUCUGACUGCUCAUGGUCAAGAUUUAAACAGCAACAAACAUGGAGAACUUGCUAUCUGUGGCAGCACACAUAGCGAGACGGACAGGACUUUGGAUUUAGAAGGUUUCCGAAAUGUUACAGUCCGGGGGCGUGAUGGAUUUGUUACUAUAGUUGUCAAGACCGAUGUUGACGAAGAAAGCAUAGAAGGUACGGAUGAACUAGAAGACUCUCUAAACCACUUUGCCCCUUCAGUACAGAGCCAGACAUCAGAAAUCAUUCACUCUGAAGAAGAGGAGGAAGAUGAGGAGGAGGAAGAGGAGCCCAGGCUCACCAUUCACCAAAGGGAAGAUGAGGAUGGCAUUGCUAACGAAGAUGAGUUAGACAACACCUACACUGGGUCGGGGGAGGAGGACGCCGUGUCUGAAGAGGAUGAGGAAUUGGGCGAGGCUGCCAAGGAUGAAGACUUGAGAGAAUGUGGGGAACAAGCAGAUGGAACUGUGCUUGUGGAACUGAAUAAAAUAAGUCUUAAGGAAAAAAACGAACAUGAGGAAAAUUCAGCUGAGGACCAGUCUGCUCUCUUUUAUGAAUUUAGUAAACUUAUCUUCACCAAAGGCAAGUCUCCUACUGUGGUGUGCAGUUUAUGCAAACGAGAGGGUCAUCUAAAGAAGGACUGUCCUGAAGACUUCAAACGAAUCCAGCUGGAGCCACUGCCACCAUUAACACCCAAAUUUUCAAGUAUCCUAGAUCAAGUUUGCAUCCAGUGUUACAAGGAUUUUUCUCCAACAACUUCAGAAGAUCAGACUCGUGAGCAUAUUCGGCAAAACCUAGAAAGUUUCAUAAGACAAGAGUUUCCAGGAACUAAAUUGAGCUUGUUUGGCUCCUCCAGAAAUGGAUUUGGGUUCAAACAGAGUGACCUCGACGUCUGUAUGACGAUUAACGGACAUGAGACUGCUGAGGGGUUGGACUGUGUAAGAACUAUUGAAGAAUUAGCAAGAUUCCUCAGAAAACAUUCAGGUCUGAGAAACAUCUUACCUAUUACAACAGCAAAGGUGCCAAUUGUAAAGUUUAUCCAUUCAAGAAGUGGUCUGGAAGUGGAUAUCAGUCUGUAUAACACAUUGGCCCUUCACAAUACAAGGCUCUUAGCUGCUUAUUCAGCCAUCGACCCCAGAGUGAAAUACUUGUGCUAUACCAUGAAAGUAUUUACAAAGAUGUGUGAUAUCGGUGAUGCAUCUAGAGGCAGCUUAUCAUCAUAUGCAUACACUCUUAUGGUGCUAUAUUUUCUCCAGCAGAGGAACCCACCAGUCAUUCCUGUCCUUCAAGAGAUAUAUAAAGAUGAAAAGAAACCUGAAAUAUUUGUUGAUGGCUGGAAUACUUACUUUUUUGAUCAGAUAGAUGAACUGAUCCCUUUGAUUUGAAUCAUAAUCUUGGAGCUGGAUUAUCAAGGAAAAUGACAAAUUUUAUAAUGAAAGCUUUUAUUAAUGGGAGAAGAGUAUUUGGAAGUCCAGUCAAAGGAUUUCCAAAGGACUAUCCCUCCAAAAUG